ACUGUUCUGAGGUCGAUAGAGGACAUUUAAAGCUGUGAGCAGUCUUGGAUUUUGGAGUGUGGAUCUAACUUCUGCCAUUUAUCAUUCAAGCUAUGGGAGCAGCCACCUUUCUCAGGGCUCUGACUCUGCUAAUACUCACAGCUUCGGCCUUUUCGGAUCAGCACUUCUUGGUCAUCUUCCCAGCAUUCAUUCACCAUCCCAGUACAGAAAAGUUAUGUAUAUUUCUAGAUUCCUUCUCAAAGUCUAUCCAUGUCUCAGUAACAUUAGAGAUGAAGCUACAGAACCAUACUCUAUUGGAAAAAGAUGUGAACGCACCAGGGACCUUUGAGUGCACCAGUUUCCAGGUCCCAAAGUUUGUUCCCAGGAACAAGGAUUUUGGCUUUCAAUAUGAAGAAGAAGUGGCCCAUGUUCAUGUCCUUAUCCAGCAUGACAAAAGCACAUUUGAAAACCGAAAGAAAGUUCUAGUCAAGAAUGCUUAUAAAAGGACCCUCAUAGAACUAGACAAACCCUUUUACAAACCUGGAGAAGAAGUAAAGUUUCGCAUUGUGACGCUUGAUGAAAAAUUUCAAACCAUUGAAGAAGCUAUCCCAAUGAUAAAGUUAGAGAUAGACAAAACUGGAUAUGCUUCCUUUAUUGUUAAAACAACAGAUAUUAAACUAUCUCAAAAAGAAUACAUCAAUACUAUUGUGCUUUAUGCAGAAAUUGAAGAAGAAGGAACAGGAGAGGAACAAAGGAGGCCUUAUGGCAAAUGUUAUGAUGCCAUAAAGAUUGGUUUGUACUUUGUAGCUCAAAGCUCUUCUGCUUUUCUUGAUUGGAGUCUCAGGCUGAUAGUCAUUUAG